UGCAACUCAGCUCGGACCGAAUUUCAAUCUGAGAAAUACGUUUAGUUAACUCUGAGCACUUGAAGCAUAUCGACAUGGAAGUGCUUGUAAGCGGAAAACUUGUUCUGCUUCUGAUUGUAGCCUGGCUGGGUGCCUCGGCAGUGGCAGAGUUCCAAUGCGGUCGUCUAGAGGAGAGGUAUUUAUACACAAUCCUGGAGAGGACUGAGCCCUCCGAGAAUCCCUGGAUAGGAAUCCUGUUGGCGGGUCGUGACAAAAGAUAUGACAACACGGCAUGCUCCGUUGUCAUCAUUAACGAGCUGCACGUCCUCACCACCGCCACGUGUGUGAAACGGUUCAAGAACCGAUCCGGAGACACCGAUGCCGUGGCAAUGCUGGGCGUUUGGGACGAGUCGAGCUCCCCCGAUGACGAGCUGGUCUGCAACGAAAGGGACUUUUGUGUGCCUGGCCCUGUUCUAUACAAUGUGAUCGAUAUCAAGGUGCACCCACAGUCGGACAGGGACACGGGUGACAACGACUUGGCCAUCCUGCGGCUGGAAAAGCCAAUCAAGUGGACCAAGUGGAUACAACCGAUCUGCUUGCAGGGCAGCUCGGAGCCGGAGACGCUGACCAACCGAAACCUGCACUAUUCCGGCUUCAACCACUUCUCCACCUACAAGGGCAAGGGGCUCGCCAUGACGGUCUCCACGCCGAAGUGCAAGCGGCUGACCUCCUCCAGCGUCUUUUUCCCCGAAAACCAGCUGUGCGGAUAUCCCGUGAAGCGGACCAAGUUCUAUCCGGGAUCGGCACUGAUGGACAUCGAUGUGCAGGGUGAUAAGCCGCACAGCUUCUACCUGGUGGCUUUGCUAGUCCGCAAUGUGGAUGCCGGAGGGGCUACCACUCAGGUCUACCAAAACGUGCGAAACGCCCGUUCCUGGAUAGCGGAUAAUUCCAAAUAAACAACUUGAUUUGUCAAUACUAUGUAGGAAAAUAUAAUAUUAAUAAAGACGACAGACGAGGAA